AUGGAUGUUGGUAGAGAAGAAGACUCACAUAUGGAUGUUGGUAGAACAGAAGAAACACAUAUGCAAGCUAAUGAUACCAACCCAGCUGAUGAUCGUGAAGUUGAGGAUCCAAUAGAGGAUGCAAUGCAAAAUCCAGAGGUUAGUGACGAUGAAGAUGAGAUUCUUAAUGUAUCAGACACCGACGAUGAUGAAAUUCUUGAUUCGUUUGUUGACAUAUGGGAAAAAAUUGGCAAGAAGAUAGAAGACUUCACUUUCCAAGAUAUGCAACAACUGUCUUUCAAAACCCAUCAAGCCUGCAUUAAAUUUUAUAACAUGUAUGCCAAGGUAAAAGGUUUUGGAAUCCGUCUAAAACAUGCAACAACGAGCAAAGUUGAUGGUCAUCCGACUUCACAAAAGAUUUGGUGUAACAGAGAAGGGUUUCGUGAAACAAAACACUUGGGAAGACCUGAUAGAAAGCGUAAAGAGAGGCCGAUAACACGAUGUGGUUGCAAAGCAUUCAUAAGUUUCAAGUGGGAUCACCGGUAUGUUUCAUGGUACGUCAAAGAAUUUGUGGCUGAGCACAAUGGCCAUGAUUUAGUUCCCAUGAACCAAGUCUAUUUUGAAAGGAGCCACAGAAAAGUCACCGAAGCAGAUGAGAUUCGAAUUAAGUCCUUAAUUCAGUCUGGAGUGAAACCAUCCAUCACUAUGAGAAAUUUAGCACAAACUGCAGGGGGGAUACGUGAAGUCGGGUUCUUAACAAAAGACUUGUACAAUACAUGUGAUAAGAUCAAAAAACAGGAGAUAAAGGAUGGAGACACAGAAACUGUGUUAGCGUAUUUACUUGGAAAAACAUCCUCUGACCCUUCUUUUUUUCUAAGGUACACACGUGAUGAGUACGAUGGUAUAGAAAAAAUGUUUUGGUGUGAUGGGAUAUGUCAAGGGAAUUACAAGGCUUUUGGAUCAGUAAUUGCAUUCGACACGACUUAUAAGGUAAACGCCUACAACAAACCUUUUGUGGUGAUUGUAGGAGUAAACCACCACAGGAAGACAGUGUCGUUAGGUGUCGCUUUGGUCACAAAUGAAAAAACAGACACUUACAUAUGGGUGCUUCGACAAUUACUUGAGGCUGGAGGCAACGUUGCUCCUUUCACUGUUGUCACAGAUGGGGACAAGUCUAUGAAACUUGCCAUUGAAGAAGUUUUUCCAUAUGCUCACCAUAGACUAUGUCUAUGGCAUCUUAUGCGCAACAUCAAGGGCCAUACAAACAGACGCUUUUGCAGUGGAAUCAUGAAAUGUGUUGACGGGGCUCGGACACCGUCUGUGUUUGAACAAGCAUGGGAAGACUUAAUGAAGGCAUAUGAUGAAGUAAGAGAUAAAAAGUGGGCUAAAGAUUUGUACAAUGAUAAACAUAAAUGGGCUGAGGCUUUUAUGGUUGGACAAUUUUAUGCAGGUAUGAGAAGCACUCAAAGAUGUGAGUCUAUGAAUAGCACACUGAAAACGGUUAUAACAAAAGAAAUAAUGUUGUAUCGUUUUGUGGAGCUGUAUGACCAAGUACUUGAACAUAUCCGAUUUGAAGAAGACAAAGAUGAUUACAUCUCCACACACACAUUUCCCGUUAUAACUGGUGUAUUGACUGAAAUAAAAACACAAGCAGCUCGAACCUACACAAGUAAUGUGUACAAUCUGUUUUGUAAAAAACUUGAGUUUGAAUCAAGGCACAUUGUGACAAAGGUGAAAGAAGAAAAAUGGCAUGUUGACGGGUCGUCCACAACCUACUGGUUAAACAAUUGUGUGUUGAAAGAUUGUAAUUACAUUGUGUGCUACAAUGACAAGCUAAAACAACUAGUUUGUUGUUGUAUGAAAUACAAUGCAAUUGGUUUGCCUUGUCGUCAUAUGUUUGCGGUCAUGAAAUAUAGAGGAAUGGUUGAACUACCAGAAAGUUGCAUUCUUCGUAGGAGGACAAUAAAAGCAAAGAGCAAUAUAUCAAAUUCAUUGAAGCAGCAAGAUCUUCAAAAGAGGAAUGAUCAGGCAUCGGCAAAUGGGCGUUUUGCUUUCCUCAUUGGUCUAAGUACACAACUUAGUAGAAUGGUGUCUACAUCGUAUGAUCGAUCUAUUUGGCUCAGAGACAAAUUAGCAAAAAUGAUCCUGGAAAUAGAGAAGGAGAAAAUAAAUCCUAAGGAGAAGGAUAUUAUCAGAGAACAAAAGAAAAGAAAAGGCAAGGGUAAACUCAAAAAGGAGGUUAAGACCACUGGGAAUGAAAAUGUCGACGCAUGGGUUCAUGAUAUUGGCAAGUAUGUUCAUGAUAUUACUAAUCAGGGUACGCAUUGCCAAGCCGAAUCUCAAGGAGCUGCGCCACAAGUCAUAAAACGUGGUGGUUUUGUUGAUCUAUUGCGCAAAUUCAUGCCAAGGACAUACAAUGUUGGUGAUGCUGCAAAUGCGACAAAUUCUUAUGAAAUCGGUAAAUUCGAGAAAUUGCCAACCAUAUUUGAUUGGGAUCCAAACACUGAUUUUUAG